CCCGGCUGCCCGGCCGUAUUGGCGCCGAAUAUUCCAGUCAGCUGCUUGGAUGCAUUUGUAAAAGUAGCUGAACAUAUAAAGUGUCCACUAUUCAUAGCGCCCAGUCUACAGGAUCUGCUCUGUGACGCCGCAUCUCAACCUGACGACCCUUUUGCUCGUCUCCAACAUAACCUCCUUCUCCAGCUCUCAGACCAAUUCGAAGUGCCUGCGUUUCAAGCGCUUAAUUCAACUUUAGCACUGACUAUAGUUCACAUAUGGCUGGCAUCUAUCCGCCACCAAAUUGACUCGCCUCAUCGUCAUGAGGGUCGAUCAAAUCCCUCUCAAGGCCUUGAGACAACUGACAUGGCUUCACGAAAUCCAUCUCACUUGGAGCGCAUCGUUAAGGCCAUGGCCGUUCCCAUCGAGCCGUUGGAACGAGUUGGCGCCAAUACUAAUAGCUCAACAGAUGUGGAAGGCCAGGGUCUGGGUGACCUAUUUAAUAAUGUAGGUGAGUGA